AUGUCUCCUAAAGAUCUUCUUACCAAAUACUUCCCAAGACGGAAGAAGCAAAGAGGCACUGAAAAGUCAAAGCCAACACCUGACGAAGCUCUACCAAAACGCGCUUAUACAGCUCCAGCACCUACACAGAAAACAUCUACAAACAAGGCGGGCUCUGCUGGGCCUCCAUGGGGAAGAUACCAUGUCCCAGCUACCACUGAUGGUGGAAAUUAUCCCGUUGGAAACAUGUAUGGAGGAGUCUCGGAUGACACAGUUGGCAACAGUCACGGUCAUGGGCACAGGGAUAGAGGGCAUUGGGGAUGGGGGGGAGUAGAAGAUGGAUCAGGCAGCGGCGGUCACAGCUAUGGGGGCCAUGGAGGCAGCAGCAGCGGAGGAGGAUGCAGUGAUUCGGGCGGAGGAAGCGGAGGAGGAGAUAGUGGUGGAAGUAGUGGUGGUGGAGGAGACGGAGGAGGUGGAGGAGGUGAUUAG